AAUACAAGUGAAAAAUAUUUAGUGUGCUUAGUGCUAAGCAAUAAUUUAUUAAAUUUAUAUGUUAUGUUUUGUGCGAACGUUGUGCAGGUGAAAUGAAAAAAUGCUGUAAAUUAAACAUUUUUUCACUACGUACUCUCUGGCCAAGAGUUGCCAGAGGAGUUUGCAUUGGCUCCUACUCCUGCCACCGCCUUAAAAAAACGCCAAUACACACUGCUCAAAUGUCCAAGAGGUGUGUAAUUUAAGUAAACAUUCGUCCGUACUAUGAAUGCAAUCAAAACGCUGGAGCACUUUCAACUCGAAACUGGCGCAGAUGAUAAUAAAAAUGCUUUCACAGACAAUCACAAUUAACCACCUAAUAAAAUUCAGCUAAAACGCGUCCGUGCUACAUACAUAUAUAUGUAUAAACAUAACCGGCGACUGCAAUUACAACUGGAAUUGGAACUGCAAUUGCAUCUGCAUCUGAAGCCUGCUGCAACUGUUGUUUAUUAGCCUUGUUUAGCUUAUAAUUUGGCGUCACACACAUUGUCGCCGUUGUCGUGCCUAUCUCUCGCUCUCUCUGUCUCUCCAUUCUCUUGUUAUACUCGCUUUAUUUUGUUUACGUUGUUAGAGCCCUUUUUGCUUGUGCAAUUACAAUUACAAAAAACAACAAAACAAACUCAACGCUGAGCAUUUAAAUCAAAAUGUUAACUUCCUUGUUGCGUUCGCAAACAAAUUCACGUCCAGCAACAACAACAAGAGCAACAAGAACCGCAAUCAAUUUACACCCGUCCACGAAUAUAUCUUCUCGCCAGCAACUGCGAAUUAGCCAAGCAUCGAAUGAGACAAAUGGAAUUGCAAGAAUCUAACAAAACUGCAGUUUUUGGAAUCCCAAAAUCUCCUAUAUAUCCACAAAAACCUAAUGCAAAUUACAUAUGCCUUGUCUAACUGCCUUCCAAAUUCGCAAACGAUAUACACCAAGUUCAUCUUCCAUAUCCCAAAUAUUUUUGAAAAAAAUAUCUGGCGUUUGUGAUUUGUUAAAACGUGUUUUGAUUGUAUUUAAAACUUUAAGCCUAAGCCUAGGAAUAGCAUAAAUAUUAUUAAAAAAAAAAAAAAUAAUCCAAAAAGCAAAAGCAAAGUGUAAAAAACUUUGUUAUUGUUGUUGUUUUUGCUGGCGCCACACGGAGCAGUAAACAGUGCAGCGUGUGCAGCAUUUAAAAGUGGCAUGAGCCAUUCAUCGGGACUCCGGAAACAUGUUGAUAAUGAGUGUAGUGGGCCAAGACCACCAGUACCCGGAGAAGAGAGCCGUGUUAAAAAGAUGACCGAAGGGGUUUUAGACACCUCUAGAAACUCACCUCCAUCAUAUUUGAAUUGGGCACGCACACUUAAUCAUCUGCUAGAAGAUCGCGAUGGUGUGGAGCUGUUCAAGAAAUAUGUGGAAGAGGAGGCGCCCGCCUACAAUGAUCAUCUUAAUUUUUAUUUUGCCUGCGAAGGUCUUAAACAGCAAACAGAUCCAGAGAAGGUGAAGCAAAUCAUUGGCGCUAUUUACAGAUUUUUGCGCAAGAGCCAGUUAUCCAUUUCUGAUGAUUUGCGCACACAAAUCAAAGCCAUUAAAUCAAAUGAACUACCGCUUAGUCCGCAUAUCUAUGAUCCCAUGCAGCAUCAUGUGGAGGCCACCAUACGGGACAGCAUAUAUCCGAGUUUUCUCUGCUCCGAAAUGUACAUACACUACAUACAACAAAUGUCGGCCUUGCAGGAGCGCUUCAGCAGCAGCGGCGCCACUGCAUCGGGCAGCGCUGGCAGCAGCGGUAGCGGCGGCAGCUGUGCCAGCAACACAGGCAGCAUUGCCGGCGCUUGUGCCUUGCCAGCGGCUAGCUCCAAGCAACAGCAGCAGCAGCAACAACUGCCGCCGGGUAUAUUCAUCAACUUGCCAAUGAGCAGUAGCAGCGCUGCUGGCAUGCCGACUGGCGCCUGCAGUGCCAGCGGUAGUGUCUAUGGUCCAUCCACAUCUGCGAGCUCGAGUGGCUCGAUUAGUGCCACCGAUACACUGCCACGCAGCUCAACGUUGCCCACGCUGCAUGAGGAUUCGGAGCUAUCGCUUUGCGAUGAUUUCGAGAAAGUGCAACUGGAUGGCGGACGUUCUAACAACGAUUUUCCCAUGCGACUCACGCGUGAUCUUUUAAUGGCAACGCAGAAAAGAAGACUGGAAAUUCGACCACCUGGAGCUCAUGGUUAUGUUUAUACCGCGAGCACCAAUACAUCAUUUGUACCAAACUCGCGCGUUGAUUCGGAGAGAGCCAGCGUUAGCUCCGGCGGACGCACAGACUCCGACACAAUGUCGCUGUCGAGCUGUUCAAUGGAUGGUCGUCCCUAUAUUGAGCGCAGACAUAGUUCAACUGAAAGCAAGGCAAUACGUCAAAGCGCCAUGGCGAAUAAGGAAACCAACAGCUUUCAGGUUAUACCACGCACGCAGCGCUUGCAUUCGAACGAGCAUCGACCGCUAAAGGAAGACGAACUGCUGGCCUUGUUGAUACCCAAACUGGAGGAGGUGAAGCGUAAACGUGAUUUAGAAGAACGUGCGCGCCUAGAGAGAUUGCCAGCGAGCAGUGAAAAAUCCAGUGCUAGUGAUCAAGCCUUUGCUCAGGCGAUACGUGAGAAAUUUGCACUCGACGAUGAUAACGAUCAAGCUAUACUCGAUCAGCAUGUAUCACGUGUGUGGAAAGAUCAAACGCCGCAUCGUUCGCCUGGCACUAUGUCACCCUGCCCACCCAUACCUUCAAGAAGACGCACAGCCACACAUGACUCGGGCAUGGUCAGUGAUGGUGCCAUGAGUUUGAGUGGACACUCAAUGAAGCACUCAAAGUCCAUGCCUGAUCAUCCCAGUUCCUGUUCGAGGAAGCUAACAAACAAAUGGCCCUCAAUAAACACAGACAGUGGCAUUAGCAUGUUCUCUGAUACCGUUAUGAAGUACAAGGAAUCUAGCUCCCGCUCUGGUUCAAGCACGGCCUCCAAAUUGGAAGAACCAAAACGAAGACUGGAAGACGAGCCGCGACGCGGCCGUCGCUAUGCGCAACCGCAGCUACAAGCCCAUAUGGGUGCAACUUCCUUUAGUAGCAGUAGUGGCAGCAAUCCCCUGCAUCAUCAGACAGCGACGGGCGCACCACCGCCGCUGCCAAUUAAACCGCCGGAAACCGUUGUCGUAUUUUCGUUUUGCGAAGAGCCAGUUCCAUACAGAAUCAAAAUACCUGGCACACAGCCAACCCUGCGACAGUUCAAGGACUAUUUGCCACGAAGGGGUCACUUUAGGUUCUUUUUUAAGACACAUUGCGAUGAUCCCGACAGUCCAGUGAUUCAGGAAGAGAUUGUCAACGACUCCGACAUACUGCCCUUGUUUGGAGAUAAAGCGAUGGGUCAUGUCAAACCAUCCGAUUAAAUAGUAUUAAGCCUUAUGUGUAGAUUUUUCUAUUAAGCUAUUUAGUGUGGAACUCAAGAGAGAGUAGGGGUGGUCGGAAUUAUCUAUGCAAGUAACAAAAAACUCGAGAUGCUAUGCCCAGAAAUCAAAACUUAAAUAGAACUAAACUGUACAUUCAAUAGGACAUUUUUUAGUAAGCCACCAUCACACAAAACUAUUGUACUUUUUGAAAGGGGGUCGGAAGACAGAAAGUGAGGGUGCGGGAUCGGGAGCGGGAGCAAUGUGUUUCAUAAUUUCGUCCUGAACAUCUGGAGGUAUUUUUUUAAACAUAUAUGUACAUAUAUAUAUAUAUUUAAAUAUUAAACAGCAGAUAACAUAUUUAAGCAUUCAACAUCACAUACAUACAUGCAUAUGUAUGUAGUUUAUGUUUCGCCAUAUACACAUAUGUACGUUCCACAUCGACAAACCCUACAAAACAGUUGAAGAAGAUUAUUGAGCACAGCACAAAACAAAGCAAAAAAAAAAAAAUUGUAACAUUUAAAGAGAUUUUGAAUUUGUUUGUUACUUUAAAAUACUAACUAUGGACUGCCUGCAAUAUCAAACAAUAUUUUUUGUUAAUAUUUUUGUAAUGUGCAUUUUUUAUGGUAUGCAAAAAUGAUAUUAACAAAGUUAGCUGCAACUUGACGAAAAAUCAAAAGAUAAACUGUUUUAUUUUUGUAUUAAACU